AUCUAUGGCUUCAAUAUUAGACUCCCAAAAUUCACCAUCCUUCAGACUAGAAGACACAACCCAUGAGAAUAAGAAGUUGAUGAGAAAUAUUUCGGUAAAAGAAUUCUCUUUCUCGGAGAUUAAUCCUUACUCUCCACCACGUUUAAGCUGUCCAACACUAAACACAUAUUCUUAUCCCUACUCCUCAUCCCCUAGCCCUACCCAUUGUCAUAACGCAGCUGGUGAGGCGUCUCAUAAGUGUGUAUCUUCCAUACUCAAGAAGGAUAGUCGAAUCCUAUCCAUGGCCUUAUCAAACGGGCUUAUCUACACCGGAUCGGAUAUGAAUAUGGUCCGGAUAUGGAAGUUUCCAGACUUUACUGAAUUUGGCCAGCUUAAGACCAGAGCUUGCAUGGUUAUGGCAUUGGCGGUGUCAAAUGAUAAGGUGUUUGGUGCCUACGGUGAUGGAAAUAUUCGGGUGUGGCACAGAGCAGGGAAUAAUAGUCAUUUUAGGUACGUUAGAUUGGGGACGAUUCCAAGGAACGGUAGAUAUGUCCGGAGCUACAUUACUGGGAAAGAUAAGAUGAAGCAUUCAAGGCCAAUAACAUCACUAGCAAUCAACACAUCCGACGACGUUCUAUACUCGGCCUCACUUGACAAAACAGUGAAAGUAUGGAGAAUUUCAGACUUCAAAUGCAUAGAAACAAUUCAAGCACAUCCACAGCAAAUCAAUUCAAUUGUCGUAGCCGACGACGGAAUCCUCUACACCGCCUCCGACGAUGCCACCGUUAGGGUAUGGCGUCGUAUCUUUUGUCGUUCUCACUGGCCUCAUGCCCUAAUCGUAUCGUUACCAACCAACAACUCGCCCGUAAUAACCCUAGCCCUAUCCCAAGACGGCCGCGUAUUAUACGGAGGGUGCAGUGAUGGUUACAUUCACUACUGGCUCAACAGUUGGUUUUCAGGUCAAUUGCAGUCUGGGGAUGCACUGGCAGGUCACACACAUGCAGUGUUGUGCAUGGCUAGUGUGGGUCGUUUUGUGGUUAGCGGUUCGGCUGAUUCGAGUUGUAGGGUUUGGGCUAGAGAGCAAGAUGGCCAGCACACUUGUAUGGCGGUGUUGAUGGGCCAUAGAGGCCCAAUUAGGUGUAUUAGUGCACAUGUGGACCCAGUAGAAGAGGAAUAUGAAAAUGGGUGCACCGUAUGUUCUGGGAGUCUUGAUGGGGUCAUAAAAGUGUGGCACGUGACUACCACAAAGAGGGAAGUUAGUAAUUGGGCUUGUUGACU